CUGUGAUAUUUGACAAUAAAAAAAUGAGUCUCCUUGAGAUUCUUUAAAAACGAUUUUCAUUGUUUAUGAUGAAAAUGAAUAAAAGAAAAUAAAUACAUAUAGAUGUCAGUUAAUCAACCAAUAAAAAUAGUAGCUGAAAGUCAUGAUAUAAACAAGUCCAAGUAACGUUGUCGAUUAUACAACUUGUAACUAUUAUUACAACUAUCCAUAAAUAUCUAUUGUAGUCCUUUCAAUAAAAAGGAAGUACAUGAAUCGUCGGACAAUUCUGGUGAAGCACGUGACUGGUUUAUCACUGUGCAAAUUUUAUCCUUUUACACCACUUGUCACUUGCGUCUUAUAGAAAGCCAAGUCGAAAAAUUUACUGAGCGAACUGGAAAAAAUAGAUUUAAAAUUCCUCAUGUCAGCACGAUUACCUCUUCAAUCAAAGGCAAUCAGGCCUAAGUUUGAAAACAAAAGAACUAUUUUUGGUGAUGAAGAUGAAGAUGAAGAUGUUGUUCGUGAUGAACUAGUUGUUGGAUUCGAAGACAAUAAAAUAAAAGAGGCUCAGCCAAAGAAAAAGGAUGCGCCAUUGAUCAUACCAUCUACACCUAAUGUUGAUUGGAGAACUAGUGCUAAGCAUAAGAAAGAAUUAUUUGUACCUGAGAGAGCGCAACAACGAGUUGAUGUUUCUAUAGAUUCACAACCAGAGGUGUUAAUUCAAAAUGCCAAUUCCUUUGGUUUACAGAUUCAAAAGAAAGAAAAAGUAGAGACAAUAAAUGAAAGUAAUAAUGACAAUAUACAAAUAACGACAAUUAUCGAAAAAGAAGAAAACACAACAGUAUUAAAUAAAGAAGAACCCGAAAAGACAUUAGAGGAGCGUGCUGUUGAAGCAAUUAUUAGAGAAUCUAAAGGUGAGGACUUGGACGAAGAGAAUGGUCCACAAAAAGUAAUCCAUGUUGAUGAAACACUUGUAUUUAGAGAUGAUGUUAAGAAUAGACCAGAUGAAACCACGAUGGAGGAUUAUGAAAGGAUUCCUGUUGAUGAAUUUGGCGCAGCAUUACUAAGAGGCCUUGGUUGGAAAGAAGGUGAGGGCAUUGGUCGCAAUAGAAAAAAUACACAAACUCCAUCACCAGCACCUGUAAAACAAAGAGAAGCACUAUUAGGUUUAGGAGCUAAACCAGAGCAAUUAAGUUUUAAGAGUGAUUAUGAAAGGGUGAAACAUAGACGCUCAGCAUAUGAAUAUAAAGAUACCAGCCUAUUCAAAAAGAUAGCAAAAAGGAAAUUAGAAGAUAUAUCAGAUGAAAGUGACAGUUAUAGUAACAGUAGACAUCAUAGUCAUUCUUCGUCUAGAAGUAGUAGUAGGAGUAGUAGAAGAUAUGAUGAUGACCGUUAUCAAAAUAGAAGACGACGCAGUCGUAGUCGAAGUACAGAACGUCAUAGAAGUAGCAGUAAUUCUUCAAGAAGCCAUCGUCAUCGUCAUAGGAGUGACAGUCGAUCACGUUCUCCUGUGUCAAAAUCACAUAAUAGUAGUAAGCGUCAAGAUAGGUCAUCAUCAAGAAAAUAAAGUAACAUGUACAACCUUAAAUAUUGAAGAUAGAUUAUUUUAAUUUGUUUUUUUAUAUAUAAAAAUGUACAUGGAGAAGCCUUGAAACAUUGCAAAUCUUCUACCUUUGUCUGUGAUUUAAAAAUUUACGUAACGUUCUUACCAAAUAAGAGGUAUUGCGCCAUCGAUUUAUGUGAUUACUCUAUUUAACAUUAUAGAUGGUUUUAAUUUCCCAGUCUAAUAAUAUAACAGUUUGAG